CAUAAGAAGCUUUCAAGGUGGACACUUUGACUUGAUUGUACGGAGAGACGCAGUAUCCAACUGGAGAGGGUCUGGACGCUGCUAGUGACAGUCUUUCUAUUCAUCAUUUCCGCUGAAGGCCUAGACUAGGACUAUCAUUGACCAGAGUUCUGAAAUUUGAAUCAUCACAAAAAUGACAGGAAGAGAUAAGAAGUUGACUUUAAAUCAAGCGACUCGACGUCAGAUUGAGUCUCCUGAAGCUGACUCGCCGAGGCCAAAGUGGAGCAUCCGCAACAUCCAUCGAACUUACAACAAAGGACCCCCGGAGUUACGGAGAACGACUUCGACUUCCGAAAUAUGUGCGAGAGUGGUGACUAGCGUUGCCAAUUGCAAACCACCAGGUGCAUAUGAUGUCAUUGAACAACACCACGAGAUGGUAGACAUGAGAAUUGGCGGUAGCAGUAAUGAAGUACCAGCUUCUUCAAAGAGAUCUCAAGAUAAAGGACCUGACACAGUGAACAGACUUAUGGAUCAGUCUUCGACACAAGCCAAUGUAUCGAAAUCCACGACAAAAUCGGGCGUCAAAAGUACGAGUACAACGAAGAGGAAGAGUCGUCGACCAGUGUAUGAUCUUGUCAUUCGGAAUUUAACAUACAAGGUGAACGUACGCGUGAGUGCCAAGGAGGUUAAGCAAAAGACACUGCUCCACAACGUGACCGCGAAGGCUAGCAACAGCGAAAUUCUUGCCAUCAUCGGUCGGUCAGGCUCAUCCAAGACAACGCUUCUAGAUGCCCUCGCAGGACACAUCAAUUCGAGGAGUCUUGAAGGGUCGAUGCUGGUGAAUGGGAUUAAAGUGGACGCUGGACUGAAAUCAAUUUCGGGCUAUGUGAUGCAAGAAGAUGCUUUGUUUCCUAUGCUCACCACCGAGGAGACACUCAUGUUCAGUGCCAAAUUGAGGCUUCCGUCCAGAAGUAACGCUAAAAGUAAACGAGAGAGGGUGCAGGCUCUAAUCGAGGAACUGGGUCUCACAUCGUGCUCACAAACUCGCGUCGGCAAUGAGAAGAUUCGAGGACUUUCUGGGGGCGAGCGAAGGCGUCUAUCCAUUGGAGUUGACGUCAUACACGACCCACCAGUGCUUCUCUUGGAUGAACCCACUUCCGGCCUCGACAGCACCUCAGCUUUGCAGGUCAUGGAAACUCUAUGCAAACUCGCUGUUCGACGAAGACACACAAUAGUGUUGACCGUUCAUCAGCCAAGCUUUCGUAUACUGGACCUGAUUCACAACACUUUGGUACUAGCAAGAGGUCACGUAGUCUAUCAUGGACCAGUUUCGGGCAUGGUGGAUCACUUCAAUGCCCUCGAUCGUCCCAUGCCGGAGCAUGUGAAUGUGGUCGAGUUUGUGCUCGAUACGAUCGCUGAAUUUGAGAGCAAACCUGAAGGUCUUCAACCGCUAAUAACCUUGCAGAAAGAAAGAGGAUCUCAUGACCUGGACAGUGAACCAAGUAUCAAUGAUUCAAGACACCAUCAUCACCUUCAUCGUCUGAGGCGUAGGCGCAAGUUUGCAAAUUCCUUUGCCUCCGAGCUGUGGGUGCUUUCGCAAAGAAAUUUCUACAACAUCUUCAGAACUCACACUCUAUUUCUCACUCGAGUUGGAUUGACGAUCCUCACGAGCUUGAUUUUGGUUUCUCUGUUCUUUAAAAGCCCGAUUGCUGAGAAGGGAAUCCAGCAACGACAAACAUUUAUCAUAUUCACUGUGGCCAUUCUGGUUUUCACGUCCACGGAAGCUCUACCCAUAUUUUUAUUGGAAAGGCAGAUAUUUAUCAGAGAGAACUCAAGAGGAGCAUACCGAACAUCGUCCUAUGCAGUAGCUCAUUCUUUAGUGGUGCUCCCGUUCCUAUUAUUCUUAGCGAUCCUCUGCACUUGCCUGUCUUAUUUUGCAGUGGGACUGGUUUUCAAAGCCAGUGCUGUGCUGUUCUUCAUCCUGAUCAUCUUCCUCGUGCUAAGUAUGUCCAAUGCUUUCGUUACUUGCGUGAGUGCUGUCGCUCCCAAUUUCACUGUUGCUCUUGCAGUGGUGGGAGGCGUAUCGGCUUACAUGUUUCUCUUCUCCGGCUUCUUCAUGAACAGGCGAGAAAUUCCUUGGUACUGGCUGUGGCUGCACUACAUUUCAUUGUUCAAGUACUCCUACGAAUCUCUCGUAGCCAACGAGUUGAAGCAUAGGCCAGGGACUUUGUGGUAUGGAGACAUCAGUUCUGAAGAUAUUAUGGACAAACUACUAGGGGGGAAUGUUAAUCAAGUGCUGAACAUUUUCAUUAUGGUGAUUUUCGUGGUGGCUUACCGACUGAUCUUCUAUACAGCUCUGCGCUUCUACACCAAGAGCGUUAGGAGAUGAUGGCAAAGUCUUGUGCAGACAUGUCGAUUACUUGCAGACAAAUCCUUCAUUCUUUUGACUCCACAGACCAAUAUGUAGACGUGCCAGAUCCCUUUUUUCGGCCCAACAAGGAUGCGAUGUGAAGGGAGAACUGGUCAUGUAAAUUUGACUUAUUGGAUUGCGAGUCUUACAGUCAUCCUCGAGAAUCAAUAAAUAUAACCUGCCACGCUGAAAUUUC